AUGUGCGCACAUCUCGAGAGUGAAAGAAGCUGUUACGAAAAGAAAACGCGACCAAAGUACUUUUCGGUGACAUGUUACGUAGUACCAAAAUCCAAAGAGCGAAUUGUAUGGUCGCAGUCAGAACAUUACGAUUCGAGAAUGCCGUCAAAAGCCGUCGACAAAUGGUUCGGCAGUUCAAUUCUCUUAAUUUCCAGAUUGAAGGAACACAAGAUUGACGGAGUCUUGUUUGUUCCUUGCGUUCAAUCAACUACCGAAUCACUAAUCACUAAAUCACGAAUGAGCGAUUCAACGAAGUUAUUAAGUAAAGAUAUUGACAUCAACCGUGACCACCUACCAAGGCGAGUUAUGGAAGGAUGA